AUGGAAACUUUAUUGAAGCCACUGAGAUUUUUCAGAAUGAUUUUCUUGAAGAUACUGAAUGUUCUGAUGUGAUGACGGAGGAGAUCUAUGAGGACUGGGAAGCAAAGCUGAAGUUUCUGUUGGAAAGUGAUGACGAGGAAGAUGAGCUAAUUCCGAGUACCGAUUGUGAUGGAUGUUCGUACUUCCUCAGUGAAAUGCCUCGCCUGUUUCAAGUAUCAGAUGACACUAUGCCUAUGGAGACCACCAUUGGCUUCAGAAGUCAUCCGUCAAAGUCCAAAGAGGUAGCUGUCAGGAGCAACUUGACAGCGUACAGACCAUCAACUUUGCAAACAGGAAUGACUCUUACCGUUGGACAACAGCAGAGUAUGAAUCCCAGUAUGAAAACCAAAGAAAAACAGAAACAACCGGUGAUCAAAAAUAACUACUCCAGAACAGGAGAAGAAAAUCAUAGCAACAGUUGCUCAAGUUGUCAUGUUUCUGCUCUCAGACCACAAGGCACAGAAAAUGGGACUUCAGCAAUGAAAUCGCCUUCACGGCGCUUAGAUGUUUCUUCAGCAACGGCAGGCAAGCAAGAUACAGCAGAAUGCAAAAACUUCUCAGGGGAAAUCAAGUCUCAGCGAAUAAUUCAGGUGGGAAAGAAAACAAUGCGAGGGAAGUCCGGUCUGCCCCAUUCUUCAGAAGAUCCUUUAAAGGCGCUACCCCCUAAACCGCUUCACAACUCCAAACUUCAUACAAUUCAGAGGGAAGCAAAUCAUCUAGGUUCAGCCACAUCGCUUCACAGACAAGGAAAGACCACCUUGGGGUUAACCAAUGUUACAGACAAAGAUGCUUUAUUUCAUGGUCAAGGAAGCGGACAAAGGGACCGAUUGGUAGGCAAAUGGAUUACUGGUCCGUCAGAAGGAAGCCAAGCAGCAGAGGAAAGGGCUACGCCGAAGACAGAGCAACGAGAAAUCAAUGCUGAAACAUCAGCGUCAAUCAGCAAUGAUCAGGAACUAUUUACAACAGAUCCUACAGUGGACGAGAGGAUUGUUCCCGCACCUUCUCAUGGGGCUGCUGAAAAUUCUGCUUUGCCAAAGAUCCAUGGGAAAACUGGAUUUCAGACAGAUGACAUCACUUUGGAAAACUCUGUAGCUCUCGAUGGAAGGGGAACUCAUGAGGCUAAAGAGCAGAAGCCAGGAUGGAAUCAAACUCCUCAUUUCCCAAUGGUGGAUAACAGGGCAAGCUCUGAUGGUCCCGAUGCCUUAUGUGAUAUUCCAGGGUCCAUGUUUGGUGUACAAAUGGAAGAGACACGUGCAGGAAAAGCCCAUGAGCUCAACAGAAUAAAAAUACUCGGUGACAUUCCUAGGACUCAAAAUCCAUCCGAAGAAAAUUUCCAGAGCAUUCAGAAAUCUACACAACUUAAGGACAGAGAUGCUGGCUUAUCAACAAUGUGUGAACUUUCCCAGAGACUACUUUAUGAGAAUGAUGACUGGGAUGAUGACUUCAGUUGCACCAGCAGGGAGGUUAAGAGGGUAGCAGCUGAGACUGCUAGUGCCAAGGAGGUCAGGGGAUUGAACAUUACUGCAGAUGUAAGUGGUGGGCAGCGUGUGCCAGAAAAUUUAACAGAAGAUAAUCAGCAUGUCUCAGAAUUGACAACAGAGAUGCAAAACCUUACUGAUUUUAGUUUGGUAAAAACAGAUGAAACAUAUAGCCAUACAUCCAAGGUCAAUUCCAUGACGCUACCGGUGGAACCAGAUUCCAUAGAUCUGUGCUCUGUUUUUCAACAUAAAAGAGAAAAGCCAUCUGUUUACUUUAUAAGGAACAAUCUCCAAAAGAGAAAAUAUCCAAAUAAGCAGUGUGAAGGCCAGCAUGAUCAUCAUGGAUCCAUCCAGAAGUCUGUUUAUCACGAAGACACAGUUUUGGCUGAAAAGGCUUUCCCGUUUUGUGAACAAGAACCUACAUAUAGAUUUGUAGACGUUCCAGACGACCCUUUAGAACCAAGCCAAGAAUUUUUAUUAAAACAGCUUCCUAAUAAUCUCUGCCAGUUCUCUUAUACUGAACAGAAUGUUAUUUGGGAAAGUGGCCACAUAACAAAGCAAGCUAACGAGAUACCUUUGAAAGAACAUCAAAGUCCUGUAAAUCGGUCAAGAAUAAACGAUUGUCCAUUGAAAGAGGAUUCAUCUAGAAAUUUCUGCGGGAAAAUUAUGGCUCCAUUAAUAAGUAGAAAACAAACUUCUGUUAUGGCAAUCAAUAGAAGUGCCAAACAAGAAAAUCAGGGACAAGAAAGUAAGUCAGAACUGAAUGCAAAAAGAAACAGGAGUUGUGGUAUUUAUCACAAUAAAAGUAACAAUAGAGAUUUAAAGGCUGUAUCUGAUGCACAGAAUCACAUCUACCACAUUCCGGAGUCUAAUUCACUAAUGGCUACUGAACCUAAAAACGAUCGGCAAGCAUUAGAGACAACAAGCCAAGAAAACAGUAUAGAAAGAGAUGCAUUGAGACCCAUAUUCACAGCAUCAUACAAAGUUAGAUUUUUCACUGAGGUGCUGUUAGAAAUUAACAAAAAUGUUAAAACCAAUGCCAGCCAAAAGAGCACAGACUGUGUUGCAAGUCUGAAACCAACUCCCCUGGAGUCCCUACCUGGAGUUUCAAAGUUGCCACCACACAAUUCCCAACAAUUAGUAUCGGAGAACAAUUCUGCUCCUGCAAAACAUUUGGAUGAGAGCAUGAAAAAUUUAGGCUUGGAUCCAACGUGCUCUCCAUUUGAAAUGAAUACAUCAGCGGGUUCAAACACUGUGCAGUCUUCAACUAUUACCAGCAAUGAGAAUUAUAGCAUAGGUCAAAAGACUCAGAAUGGCAGGACAGGCAAUUUUACAGUGCCUGGUCAGGACCUAAAAAGAGCAUCAGAAAGUUGCAAUACAGAUAUACUGGUGCUAUCUGAACAUGUUGGGCAAACGGAGUCCAUCCAGUCCCAAAUGGACAGAAGCAUGGAUGCAAAGGCAAUGACAUCACAGCAAGAUAAGUACAAAGGGACAGAAGAAAACCAAAAUGAAGGAAUAAUGCAAUCCGAGAAAGAAAAUGACAUGCUUGUGGCAUCCGAUUCUGAGGAAGCUGAAAUAGAGCCCUAUAUGAGAGCCCUACUUGAUUCAGAACAGGGGCAUCCUGUUAUGGUGAGUCAUGGUGAGUAUCAAAAGAUGGAAAGACAAAGUCCGAGCAAAAUUAUGCCAGGUGAAAUGGACACCAAGGAAACCGAAAAGCUGGUUGAAGAUGACCUGGAGGAAGUUGAAGUGGAGCCUUACAUGAGGGCGCUCCUUGAUUCAGAACCAAUGUACUCUUGGCACGAAUACCCAGACAGUAUGCCUCCAUUCAUGGAAUUUUGCAAUGAGCAAGAUGCUGUUCUGGUAGGAAGAUUAAAGAGUGGAUGUACAGUUACAACCACUGACCCCAAUCAAAGCAGAGCCUUCACAGAUGGUGAGAGACAAAAUUCAUCUGGGCGUGGAAUGGGGAUUUCAGAGAGGCCCUUGCCUUGCGCUUCUGAGGACAACCGUCAUUCUGAAAAAGCAUUACCACUGGCUCAAACUCAGCCAUGCACAUUAGGCACAAAUGAGGGAGAUAUUUCUGCAUUAGAAAAUGAGAGGACAAUAUCACUAGGAGCUUCUGAAAUCUCCAAGCCAUUGUCACCUCACAAAAGUGCUGAUGCCAUGAAGAACGGGCAUGAAAUAACAAACAACAUGAUACCUAAGGUGGCCAAGAAACCAUGUCUUGAAACAAAAGAAAGUAUCUGUAAUGAUGCCAGCUGGAGAAAAGAGGCUGAUUUAACUUCAAGGGAAGAGAAGAGAGAAGAACAGAAAAUACUACGACAAAAGGAUAACAGAGCACCCAAACUGCUGAGGAAAAUCCACGCAGAAUUGUUUCCUGAUUUCUCUGGAAAUGUCAAAUUAUGUUGUCAGUUUGGAGAAAUUCAUUCAGAUUCCACCAUUACCUGGACAAAAGAUUCUAAGCUUCUUGCUCGAGUUCACAGAAGUGCAAGAGAUGACCUUCCGGUGUCUCUGGCAAUAGUUCAAGCUGGGAAAAAAGACCAAGGCCUGUAUCAUUGCUGCCUGAAGAAUACAUAUGGAAAAGCCAUUUCAGAAUUUAACCUGACCUCUGAAGUUUUGGAACAUCUGUCAAGACUUCAGGAUGUUGAAGGCUUGGAAGAGAUAGAAUUCUUACAGCUGAUGUUCAAAGAAGACUUCAUCUGUGACAGUUACUUGAGUAAAAGUCUGCACGGAAGGAUUACCACGGAAGAAUUACAUUUCGGGGAAGGGGUGCACCGAAAAGCUUUCCGAAGCAAGGUGUUGCAAGGGUUGGUGCCUCCGCUCAGCCCAGGUGACCCUUGUGUUUUGAAAGUGCACAAUGCCAUUGUGUAUGGGACCAAGAAUAAUGACGAGCUUAUGGAAAAGAAUUACAAAUUGGCGCUACAGGAAUGUUAUGUUCAGAACACCGCAAGAGAAUACGCCAAGAUCUAUGCUGCCGAAACACAACCUCUCGAAGGCUUUGGAGAAGUACCUGAAAUCAUUCCUAUUUUCCUUAUUCAUCGGCCCAAGAAUAACAUCCCUUAUGCAACAGUGGAAGAGGAACUCAUUGGAGAAUUCGUGAAAUACUCCGUUAAGGACGGGAAGGAAAUCAAUUUCAUGAGAAAAGACUCGGAAGCUGGCCAGAAAUGUUGCACGUUUCAGCACUGGGUGUAUGAAAAAACCAGUGGCAGCUUGCUUGUAACAGAUAUGCAAGGUGUAGGAAUGAAACUAACAGACGUUGGCAUAGCAACACCGGCCAAAGGGUACAAAGGUUUCAAAGGCAAUUGCUCCAUCUCUUUUAUCGAUCAGUUUAAGGUUCUUCACCUGUGCAACAAAUACUGUGAGAUGUUAGGACUGAAACCCCUUCAAAGCAGUGGUCUGAAACAGAAGAAGUCUGCGGUCGCCAGAAUCAAGGCGCCAUCCAAUCCAACUGUUGCAAAGAAAAGAUUGGUCAAUGCGCAGACUUCCAAAAAAACAUAAGAUUGUCGUUUUUUUUCCCCAAGGAAAUAUUGAUGACUUCGAUCUUUGCCGCAGGACAUCUUUGGAAAUGUAUAUUGAUUUUGUUUUGUUAUUUUUCUGCCAUUUGCCAACGAUGGUCCUUCUUCCAAGCAACCUUGGCAGCAUGUGGAUGGAUGGCAUAAAUAGCCCAGAGAAGAUUUACACCGCAUCUCUUGGUAAAAAUUGAAUUUAAUGGAUUCCUUCCAUGUAAGCCAGCUGCUACAAAACCAGAGACAUACAUGUAGGGUGUUUUCAAAACACUUGUGAUAAACAUAUUCCACGUUUUUCUUCUUGUAGUUUUGCUGUAUCUUCAGGUCCUGCUUUUUCUAGGUCUUUCUAAAUGCUUGCCUCACCGAGUCACAUAAAUAGAUUGGCAGAAACGUUACGUAGAAGAGGAAUAUAACUCUGGAGUUCAUAUGCAUUUUGUUUUAUUUUGCACUACUUGGAAUUGAGAGCUGUGUCAAAUAUGUAAUACUUGUAUUUAUAGAACCCAAGAGUAGUAACCUUCAGGUGAUCUGAGAGCUGCAUGGAACUCAUGACUACGAUCAUGUUAUUUUAUAGAGUCCUAGAGUUGGCAGUGACCUCAGAUGGCAGCUAGUGUAACCCUCUGCUGAGUUCAGGAUCUGUCAUUUGUAACCUCAUAUCCCUAACUCCCCCGGAUACAAGUCCUGGCGCCUGCAGAUACUGCCACUAGCUUUAAUGUAGCAUAGUAAGACUUAGUAGGUCCAGACACUUCCUGUCUCAUUGCUGGCAAGUAUGUAAAUGAAGAAAAGAGAAAAAGAAGAACAGCUGUAGAAACAGCUGCACAGCAGAAGGUAUAUUUGCAGUAACUAUACUGUAAAUCUCAUUAGAUCUGUCUAUGGAGAUUCUCAAUCAUCCAGGUCAUGGUUGUCCCAGGGGUUUGUUUUUCCAAAAGACAACUGGACUUUCUUGAUGUUUUGUUUGAAAUCUUGGAACUUCAGUUCUCUGAACUGAAGAAGCUUCUUGGAUGAGAAGUGAAAUCUUUUCAAGCAAAACACGAAGAAAAUUCAAUUGCCUUUUGGUGGAAAAAACACCUUUGGGAUCCCAUUCUAUCCAACAGAAGUUUCGUUCAAUCUGAUAUCCUGUUUUGUGCCAUAAACAAGAAACGUCUAAGAUGUUGACAACCAAUAUAUGAAAUCAACAUCCUCCUUGCCUUGCUAGACAUGCUGUAAAACAUGGAGUUUCCAUCAAUAUAUUUCAGGAUGGAAAGGAGAGUCCCAGUUCAAAGCAAAUUAUGUAUCAUAAAAUGAGGACCCAGAUUGUUGGGGGCAAUAUGCUAUUUAGUAUACUGUCUUUGGUAUAAGCCGGCCAGAGUCCUCGGAGAGUGGGUGGCAUAGAAAUAUGACUAAUAAAUAAAUAAAUAAUAAAUAUAGUGUAGAAAUCUAGCAUUAUUUUGACUUUUCACAGAUCUCAAAAGAGAUUAAAUUGAUUUCACAUCUGUUAAAUAUAUCUUCGAUCUUAACCAUCUCUGUUUUUCUUGUUUCUUAAUGGUUUGCACAGUAAAACUUGUUACUGUUAUGCUUAUGUUCCCUAUUAAAUUCUUUCCUCCAAUUAAUUAGGAUUUCACUUUAUAUGAGGCAAGACUGUACCAAUAUUUUCUGUUUCUUCUGCAUACAUUAAUGGCCUUUGAUAAUAAAUUCAUUAUUAAAUCCAGACAGUCAUUUUGAUAUUUAAAGCAGUUGCUUCUGAUAAAAGAAAUAUUAACCACGAUUCAGUCAUCAUAUUGAUUAGUUUCAGGAAAGUUUUAAGUGUAGACAUAGUAAAAUAUUUAAUUUAUGAAUGUAGGGUAAUAAACCUAUCUCGACUUAUUAUCAACUGUAGGAGUAGCUACAGCUAUAGCAAUUAUUAUUAGACUGUACUAAAUCAGCUAUUCAGCAGUAUAAAGAUGUACAGAGAAAAAGAUAUCAGUGGAAAGCUAUUUUAAUGUCUGUAUGUCACUAUUUUGCAGGUUUAAAAUGAUAGUUAUUUCAACAUUAAACAAGUAUGUGUGCAGGACAAAACAGAUGAGUUCAAACUAAUUGUUGAAUAUAAUGGUGUUCUAAAAGCAACAUUGAUUUAUUUGAUCUGUGCAAUUAUAAAGCACACGCUAAAAGAUAUCUGAAGCACCUUUUAAUUUUCUAUUAGAUGGCUGAUUGGUUUUUGUAGAUGCUCAUGUACUUUUCAAUUAACGAGAGGUGAAUAACGGACACUUGCAUGCUUUGAUGAACACAAAAUGGUUGAUAUGAGAGGGUUAGAAAAAUACCUCUUCUCCUUCAUUGUACAAUGGCUCCAUGUUUCUCAGCCUCAAUGACUUUAAAAUGUGUGAUUUCCUGUGGGUUAAGGAAUUCUGGGAGUUGAACUCCCCAUAUCUUAACAUUGCUGAAAGGCACCACAAUGUCUCAGAGCAUCUGUAGAUGGAAAUCAAAAAAAUUAAAAUGGCAUCCAUGGCUGGGUAAUUACAGCCCCUUCCCCUUUUUAUAGGGAUGUGGUGGCUCAGUGGCUAAGACUCUGAGCUUGUCGAUCAAAAGGUCGGCAGUUCAGUGGUUCGAAUCCCUAGAGCCGCGUAACAGAGUGAGCUCCCAUUACUUGUCCCAGCUUCUGCCAACCUAGCAGUUCAAAAGCACCUAAAAAAUGCAAGUAGAAAAAUAGGGACCACCUUUGGUGGGAAGGUAACAGCGUUCCAUGGGCCUUUGGUGUUGUCAUGCCAGCCACAUGACCAUGGAGACGUCUUCAGACAGCGCUGGCACUUCAGCUUUGAAACGGAGAUAAGCACCGCUCCCUAGAGUCGGGAACAACUAGCACAUAUGUGUGAGGGGAACCUUUACCUUUACCUUUACCUUUUUUAUAUGCAUCACAGAUAAAAAAGGGGCAGGGCUUCAACUGGAGAGAUUUAGCUGCCAUCUUGAUUUUUUUGGUUCCCUCCCCAGCAGUGACCUAACAAAAUUCCCUUCUGUUUCUAAACCUGAACAAAUACUGUAUGACCAGCAAUCGGAUUGGAAUAGUUUUAGAAAUGUGCACUGCAUUUACUAAGUUAUAUAUUUAAUUACCUAUUUAUUUUUCUAUUGUUAAGAAAAAAAUAUUUAAAUGUUGAUAAUAUCACUAUACAAUUAUAAAAAGUAUAUGUAUGUAAGACUAGAUUAUAUUAAUAUAUGACACAUGUUUGUUUUUGUGGGCCUUUUCUUUUUGCAUAUCUAAGUAAGUCACAAUAUAUAAAGAGUCUGAGGAUAGUAAUUAUGAGUAAUUUAAAAGAUGCAAGUAAAUAAUUAGCUAGUUGGGACGUUUAAAUAUACUCUAUAUUUUUUGAAUGCUGUGAUGCAAUGGGCAGUCUUAAAAAUGUACAAAUUGCAUGUAUUAAAAACCAAGGUGCUCAAAAUGCAUCACAUGAGGGUACUUCAGUUGCAAAAUCUUAUAUUAAGAGGCAUGAUUUCUUCUUAUAUUCAUAGAAAAAUGUGAAAAUAAGAAGAAAUCAUUCAUCAAAGCAAUUGAAGCACAGAUCCUAGUAAUGAUUGAGUAAAAAUGUGCCUGCAGUAAAAUGAUUCAGUUAAAAUAGGUACUGUCUGUCAAUUGUAUUUUAUGGAGAAAUUCACAAUACUGGUGAAGAAAUUGUUUCUGGAUCUACAAUAAUUCCUGACUGCAUCUGAUGCAAUUUGCAGAGUACCUAAACAGACAGAUUUCUAAUCCAAAUCACUCUAAGCAAUUCAAACUCUUUUCAAAAAUUGGAAUGGUGAUACUUUGAAUAUUGUUCACUAUAUAAUUUCCAAUAAUGAUUAAUCUUAAACCAUGUAUUUAAAACGUUGCUCCAUUUGAUGAAUGAUUGAGGUAUAUGAACCAGACACAUCCUCCAUAAUUGCUAUCCACACUAAGAAAGAGUUCUCCACAGUAUCUAAAAUAUCCCUUAAAUUAUAGUGAUUUUCUCAAGGCGAGCUUGACUCCUGAUACUUACAUGUCUGUAUCCUUGUACUCUUCUUGUUAACAUAUAAAAGUUAUUAAAUAUUCCCCUUCUUGAUG